GGUACGUUUUAAUUACCAGACAAGAUGGAUAUCCGAGGUGCUGUAGAUGCUGCUGUCCCAACAAACAUCAUUGCUGCCAAAGCUGCUGAAGUUCGGGCAAACAAAGUAAACUGGCAGUCAUAUCUCCAAGGGCAGAUGAUUUCAGGUGAAGAUUGUGAAUUUAUUCAAAGAUUUGAACAGAAGAGAAAUCCAGAAGAAAAACAGGAGUUGUUGCAGACAGAAGGCAAUCAAUGUGCUAAAACAUUUAUAAACUUGAUGACUCAUAUCUCCAAGGAACAGACGGUUCAGUACAUUCUGACUAUGGUUGAUGAUAUGCUGCAAGAAAAUCAUCAGCGUGUUUGUAUCUUCUUUGAUUACGCAAAACGUGGUAAAAACACUGCAUGGUCCUAUUUUCUGCCGAUGUUGAAUCGACAAGAUCUUUUCACUGUGCAUAUGGCAGCAAGAAUUAUUGCCAAACUGGCUGCCUGGGGGAGAGAACUUAUGGAAGGCAGUGACUUGAAUUACUAUUUCAACUGGAUUAAAACUCAGCUGAGUUCACAGAAACUACGUGGUACGGGCAGUUCUGUGGAUGCAGGAGCAGUCUCCACAAGUGAUAGUUCCCAGUACGUACAAUGUGUUGCUGGGUGUCUGCAGCUGAUGCUUCGGGUCAAUGAAUAUCGUUUCGCCUGGGUAGAAGCAGAUGGAGUAAAUUGUAUCAUGGGGGUUUUGAGCAACAAAUGUGGCUUCCAGCUCCAGUAUCAGAUGAUUUUCUGUGUGUGGCUGCUGGCCUUUAGCCCUCAAAUGUGUGAAUAUCUCCGUCGGUACAAUAUUGUUCCGGUGCUCUCAGAUAUCCUUCAGGAAUCUGUAAAAGAGAAAGUAACUAGAAUCAUCCUUGCAGCAUUUCGGAAUUUGUUAGAGAAAUCUACUGAGAGAGAAACUCGCCAGGAAUAUGCUCUUGCCAUGAUUCAGUGUAAAGUUCUAAAGCAACUAGAGAACUUGGAUCAGCAGAAAUAUGAUGAUGAAGACAUAAGUGAAGAUAUCAAAUUUCUCCUGGACAAGCUUGGUGAGAGCGUGCAGGACCUUAG